AUGGCGCCGCACAACAAUGCCCAGGAAGCCUCUGAGAACACUACCCAUCCGAGUCAGCCCAACACUCUCAUCUGCCUCACCAUCACGGCUUUCAAGAAAGCUUCUCUUAGUGAUGAGGAGUACAGACACCACAUGACAAAGGUUCACGCCAAACUCGUUAGUCCUUUGAUGGAGGAAUAUGGUAUUGUUCGCUACACCAUGACACACAACACAAAAGACACACGCCCGAUGUUACAUCAGCUGUACGAUCCGCAAUUUUCUAAGCUCUCUGAGUACGACUGCAUCGUUCAGUUUAUAUUCAAGAAUAUCUUGGACUUUCAGCGUAUGAAAGCAGAUCCGCGUUUUCUUGAGAAGGUUGCGCCAGACCAUGUCAGAUUUGCAGACACUAAGAGAUCAACAAUGACUGUUGGGUAUUUUGAGGAAUUUGUUAGUGAUGGCAAGGUUGUUCCAAAGGAUUGA